AGCACGUACGCGUUUCAAGGGCAUUCGGCGCGAGUUGCCACAUAGGCUGGAUGAAUUGAUGAUUUCCCACAGUGUUCAGAACGUCGUCCUCAAUCUGUGUUCUUACCUGCCAACGUCAAACGUCAGUGUUUUUCAGGUCCGCGUGUCGGAGCGCCCAGCCCAUCCCCAUACUCAACGUCUCCUCAUCACUACACCUACCAAGCAUCAUGGAAAAUUCCAAAGUCCUCGUCAUCGGUGGUUCACGAAAUAUAGGUUAUUAUUCUGCCGUCCGGCUCCUAGCUCUCGGCGCUACUGUGACGUUUCUCCUGCGCUCACCAGGAGUGUUCGACCAGGACGAAACGAUCCAGGACUACGUCAAGAAAGGCAAAGCCCGUCUUGUUCAAGGCGAUGCCCUCGUGAAGAGUGAUGUCCGCCAGGCAUGGUCUGAGGCUCAGGGAAAUGACUCAGAGCCCAGACCAGUCGACUUUCUCAUCUUCACAGUCGGCGGAACGCCCCACUUCUCACUGGCAAAAGGUUUCACAAUCAACCCCCCAAACCUCGUCACCCAAUCCCUGCUCAACGUCCUCGAAACUCUUCCAUCUCCACACCCAAAGAUUAUAACGAUCUCAAGUGCAGGCCUCACGCGCGCGUCACAUAAAUCCCUCCCCCUCCCACUCAAACCGCUCUAUAACUAUCUCCUAACCGUGCCGCAUAGAGAUAAAUGCGGUGCGGAGGAAGUUGUUGCCUAUGGCACGGGAUGGGAAUGGGAUGCGAGAGAUAGCCCGGGCGAAGAGAUUAUGGGUGCUGAUUGGAUAAAUCGGGUUCCGAGUCCUGGGGAACUGAAGAGUAUCGUUGUCGUUCGGCCUGCGUUGUUAACUGAUGGGGAAUGCCGUGCGGAGGUGAACGGGAAGGGAAGCUUGGCGUUUAGGGCGAAAGAAGGAGAUGUAGACUGUGGUUGGACGGUGUCGAGGAGGGAUGUGGCGUAUUUUGUUGUGGAGGGUGUGGUUAAACAUUGGGAGGAGUGGGAGGGGAGACGUGUGAGUAUUGCAUAUUGAUGAUGUUUUUGAGGAUUUUUUUCGUUGCGUUCCCGAUAUCCAGGUAGGUAUAUAAUAUUGAUGUACUGCAGGGGAGGCAGUAUUGGAUCAUGAAGAAUCAGAAGUGGCGGUGACCCCUACUCAAAAGCGACAUUAGCAACAAUUGCAGAUUCU